AUGCCACCAUUGCAGUCCUGUCAGGAAGCCUGUUCAUCACCACAUGUUUCUAAACACUUUGAUUUGUUAUAUCUCUCCUUGUAUUUUGCAAUUCAGGCAUGUCGCACAACUUCAACUUCCUCAUGGUCGCAUUGGCAGCGUCAGGUAAGUCCACACGCCACAUUUAAAAGUGAUGUGGAAGAUGCUGCCGCCACGUUCCUGCAAAUUCUUUCCGAAAACAGUAUUGUGCCUCCCAUGAAGUUAAUGCUAAAUAUGUGUCGGUACACACAAACUCACUCAUGUCACUUGACAAAAGAUCGAAUGAAGUUGAACUUAAAAGAAGGCCCGGUGAUUUUUGUCAUGCCUUUUAGUGGAUUUAAUGAUUUCUCAAAAUGUGGCUGA